UCGGCGGCGGAGGGCGGCUGAGGGUGCGCGCCCGGCCAGGCGGUGUGCCCGUUCGCAGCGGGGACCGAGCCGUCGGCUGCAGAGACCCGGCCCCGCGGCGGGCGGCGGGCCGCGGGCGGCGGAUCUCGGCUCCGCACUGUGCGCGGCCGAGCGGGCGGCGCUGCCCGGGAGCGAUGCGCUGAGCGCACGGAGGGCCGAGCGCGGGGCUCGCAGGCGGCGCGGGGAGUCGACCCCAUGGAGCUCGCGGGCACCGGGCGGAGCCUGCGGGCGCCGCCGCCGCCGCUGCUGCUGCUGCUGCUCCUGCAGGUGGCCGGGCCGGCGGGCACCCUGGCUGAGACCCUGCUGGACGCGUCGAGGGCCAUGGGCGCCAGCUCCAGCCCGCCCAGCCCCGCGAGCGUGGUGGCUCCCGGAACGACGCCGUUCGAGGAGAGUCGCCUGCCAGUGUUCACCCUGGAUUACCCCCACGUGCAGAUCCCCUUCGAGAUCACCCUGUGGAUCCUGCUGGCCUCCCUGGCUAAGAUAGGCUUCCAUCUGUAUCACAAGUUGCCCACAAUAGUGCCUGAGAGCUGCCUCCUUAUAAUGGUUGGCCUGCUGCUAGGAGGGAUUAUUUUUGGGGUCGAUGAAAAGUCCCCCCCCGCAAUGAAGACUGAUGUGUUUUUCUUGUAUCUCCUCCCACCCAUCGUGCUCGACGCAGGCUAUUUCAUGCCUACUCGCCCAUUCUUUGAGAACUUUGGCACCAUUUUCUGGUAUGCUGUGGUAGGGACCCUUUGGAAUUCCAUUGGCAUUGGGGUGUCUUUGUAUGGUAUCUGCCAAAUUGAAGCCUUUGGCCUGAGUGACAUCACUCUGCUCCAGAAUCUGCUCUUUGGCAGCUUGAUCUCAGCUGUGGACCCAGUGGCUGUGCUCGCCGUCUUCGAGAACAUUCACGUCAACGAGCAGCUCUACAUCCUGGUCUUUGGAGAGUCCCUGCUGAAUGAUGCAGUGACAGUGGUCCUGUACAACUUGUUCAAGUCUUUUUGCCAGAUGAAAACCAUUGAGACCAUUGACGUGUUUGCUGGAAUUGCAAACUUCUUUGUUGUGGGAAUUGGUGGGGUGUUGAUUGGCAUCUUCCUGGGAUUUAUAGCGGCAUUUACUACUCGGUUCACGCAUAACAUCCGAGUGAUUGAGCCACUCUUUGUCUUCCUGUACAGUUAUUUGUCCUAUAUAACAGCCGAAAUGUUUCACCUCUCAGGUAUCAUGGCAAUCACUGCUUGUGCAAUGACGAUGAAUAAGUAUGUGGAAGAAAACGUAUCUCAGAAGUCGUACACCACCAUCAAGUAUUUCAUGAAGAUGCUGAGCAGCGUCAGCGAGACCCUGAUCUUCAUCUUCAUGGGCGUGUCCACCGUCGGGAAGAACCAUGAGUGGAACUGGGCCUUCGUGUGCUUCACUCUUGCCUUCUGUCUGAUCUGGCGAGCGCUGGGUGUCUUUGUCCUGACUCAGGUCAUCAACUGGUUCCGGACGAUCCCCCUGACCUUUAAGGACCAGUUCAUCAUCGCCUAUGGAGGGCUCCGAGGUGCCAUCUGCUUUGCGCUGGUGUUUCUCCUCCCGGCUGCUGUGUUUCCCCGGAAGAAGCUGUUCAUUACAGCGGCCAUUGUUGUCAUAUUCUUUACUGUCUUCAUCCUGGGAAUUACUAUCCGACCACUGGUGGAAUUUCUCGAUGUUAAGAGGUCCAAUAAGAAACAGCAAGCGGUCAGUGAAGAAAUCCAUUGCCGGUUUUUUGAUCAUGUGAAGACUGGGAUUGAAGAUGUUUGUGGACAUUGGGGUCACAACUUUUGGAGAGACAAGUUUAAGAAGUUCGAUGACAAAUACCUGCGGAAGCUUUUGAUUCGGGAAAACCAACCCAAGUCAAGCAUUGUGUCUUUGUAUAAAAAGCUGGAAAUAAAACAUGCCAUCGAGAUGGCGGAGACGGGGAUGAUAAGCGCGGUUCCUUCCUUUGCCUCUCUGAAUGAUUGUCGUGAAGAAAAAAUAAGGAAGCUCACACCUGGUGAAAUGGAUGAAAUUCGAGAAAUAUUAUCCAGAAAUCUCUAUCAAAUCCGUCAGCGAACUUUGUCCUACAACAGACACAAUCUGACGGCCGACACAAGUGAGCGACAAGCCAAGGAGAUUCUGAUCAGACGGAGGCACAGUUUGCGAGAAAGUAUCAGGAAAGACAGCAGCUUGAACCAGGAACGCAGGGCUUCCACUUCAACCUCUCGAUAUUUGUCCUUACCAAAAAACACAAAGCUUCCAGAAAAGCUACAAAAGAAAAAGAAUAUGUCUAAUGCAGGCGGCAAUAGCAGCGACUCAGAGACAGAUGCUGGGACCACCGUCCUCAAUUUGCAGCCCCGAGCAAGGUGCUUCUUGCCAGAACAGUUCUCAAAGAAAGCCCCACAGCCCUAUAAGAUGGAAUGGAAGAACGAGGUUGACGUUGAUUCCGGACAGGGGCAGCCUUGUACCCCUCCAGCUCCCCACAGCAAAGAGGGAGGCACCCCAACCCCAGGCAUGCUGCGGCAGCCCCUUCUCUCCAAAGGCCAAUUUGGCCCAGCGCAGGAAGACCGUGGGACUGAAGGCAUCCGACCCAAGCCGCCACCCAGGCUGGUCCGAAGGGCAUCGGAACCCGGCAACCGGAAAGCCCGAUUUGGAAGUGAGAAGCCUUAAUGGAAAUGGCCAAAGCAGGCCUGGGGUGACUGACCCGGCAUGGCUGGGGCUUGUUACUUUGAAACCUGACACAACAGUGGGAUCCAUUUAAUAGCCUCUAUGCAUCUAAAUACUUUCUUUGGGUAGUAGAGUCAUGCCAUUGAUUGACCGGAUGAAUGCUUAACCCAAGAAGAGGAAAAUCAAAGAAAAAAGCCCCAUAAAAUGCCUUUUAUGACUUCUCGCCAGCAGUUGUAUUCUUUGCAAGCCUAAAGAAAAAAAAUUGUGUGCCUUUAUUGAACUUGAAUGACAGAACUUGAAAUUUUGAACACACCCGUGUUGGUGAAAAUUUUAAUAUAUACAUACAUGCCUCAAAUUUUAUUUAUGGAAACCCUAUGUAUAUCUGUAAUCACUUUUUAAGCAAAGGGCGCUAAAAAUGCUCCACAUCUUUCCAAGGCAUAAAGGAGGAUGGUGGACC